AUGAAUGGGGGGUUGCAUGCUCCGCUUCUGGCUCGGGGUACGGAUAAGGAGAAGGAGAAGGAGGAAGAGGAGGAGGAUGAGGAGGAGGAGAAGAAGCAUGAGGUGAUAUCGUGGAAGAAGGAGGAGGAGGACCAGGGCUUUAAGGAGUGGAUGAGCAAUGUAUCAUCCAAGGACGUGACUGUCUUCGUCUCCUUCCUCCUCUGCACCUUCUUCCAGGGAGGAUCAACGCCGAGUCCACCCUCCUCUAAUCCAUCUCCACCGCCCUCCACCCAUUACCACCCCUUCCAGGUGUAUGUGGGCGCCAAGUGCGUCAACUUCGCCUUCCCCAGCGAGUUCCUGCAGGGCUGGCUGAUGGGGUCGGCCAUCAUCUGGAUCAACGCUGAGUCCACCCUCCUCGGCAACCUCUCUGAGUGCAGCGGCGUGCUUGGGCGGGCGCUGGCACUAAAGGACAAGGCGGAGCAUGCGCAUGUGCAUGGGCAUGGGCAUGGGGCGAGGAGGAGGUCUUCUGAGGGGGAGAAUGGAGGCGGAUUGGAGGUCACGACCUCUGCUGCUGGCUCACACGGCGUUACCAGUGGGACAAAGAAGACAACUCGUGGGCCCAGCAGCAAGCAGCAGGGGCAGGAGGAGGCGCUAGACGAGUCAGCUCUUAGAGGGGACAAGGGAAUCCGCCUGGAGAAGGUGCUCACCCCCCGGCAAUAUCUUCUGCGCUCCAUCGGCCUCGCCUACAAGGAGCUUCCGCUCAUAGUCACGGGGUUCACCUGCCUUGCUGUCACCUCUGGAGCCGGGCUGCUCAUCCCCACAUAUCAGGGCCAUACAGUGGACGACAUGAAAGACGGGCACGUGGAAAAAGGCCAGUUCCAUCGGGACAUGCUGGCCAUGGCGCUCUGCUCGCUCAUCACCGGCAUCUUCAGCGGCCUGCGCGGCCUAUUCUUCUCCACGCAUCCUCAAAAACCUCCAGGACAAACUCACAAUGGCGCUCUGCUCGCUCAUCACCGCAUCUUUGGCGGCCUGCGCGGCCUCUGCUUCUCCCUCCUGGUGCCUUUCACUCACUGGCUUCCAAGCCACUCGGUCCCAUCCUUAUGCCCCCCUCGACCACUCACCACUCACCACCUGGGCCGUAUAGUGGACGACGUGAAGGACGGGCACGUGGACAAAGCCCAGUUCCAUCGGGACGUCCUAGCGAUGGCGCUCUGCUCGCUCAUCACUGGCAUCUUCGGCGGGCUGCGCGGCCUCUGCUUCUCCGUGGUCGGCAAGCGCGUGCUCAAAACCCUCCAGGAUAAACUCUUCGAGGGCGUGAUCAUCCAAGACAUCGCGUAUUUCGACUCGACCACCACCGGAGAGCUCACUUCUAGGUUGACCAAUGACGUGGCUGCGAUGAGUGAGCCGAUUAAUUGGCAGCUGUCGGCGCUGGUGCGGAAUCUGGCGUCGCUGGUGGGCGGCGUGCUGCUGUGCUUUGUGACUUCGUGGAAGCUCAGCAUCCUCGCGUUUACCACCAUGGCGCCCAUUCUGCACAUCACGGCUGUUUACUCGCGCUGGUCGAGAGAUUUGAACAGGAAGCGAUACGCCCCGAUUAACUGGCAGCUGUUGACGCUGGUGCGGGAAUCUGGCGUCGGUGGUGGGCGGUGUGCUGCUGUGCUUUGUGACCUUGUGGGAGUGGUGCUAGCAGAGGCGAACAGUGCAGCAUCAGAAGCUCUGUCCAACAUCCGCACAGUGAGGGCAUUCUCAACAGAGACGGUGGAGAGGGAGCAGUACGAGAGCAAGACCAUGGCGGCCCAUCUGUGCCCCUUGCCAUCCCCACUGCUCCUUUCCCCCCCUUGCCUGCGUGUCCUUCUCUGGCAGGUGCUAGCAGAGGCGAACAGUGCAGCAUCGGAGGCCUUGAGCAAUAUCCGCGCAGUGCGCGCGUUUUCCACCGAAGGGGUGGAGAGGGAGCAGUACGAGAGCAAGACCAUGGCAGCCAUGUCCUCCCGUCCCGUGCUAGCAGAGGCGAACAGUGCAGCAUCGGAGGCCUUGAGCAAUAUCCGCACAGUGCGGGCAUUCUCAACAGAGGGGGUGGAGAGGGAGCGGUACGAGAGCAAGACCAUGGCGGCCAUGGCAAAGGGCGUGAGGGACGCCCUUGCCUACUCCGGCGCCGUCGCCAUCAACAACUGGCUCGACCUGGGGGCGUCCGUGCUCAUCCUCUGGUGGGUUGGGUCUGCUGUGGUGUGCUGGGGGUGUGUAGGUGGGAUGUGGGUGGGACGUACGGACGCCCUUGCCUAUUCCGGCGCCGUCUCCAUCAACAGCUGGCUCGACCUGGGGGCGUCCGUGCUCAUCCUCUGGUGGGUUGGGUCUGCUGUGGUGUGUUGGGGGUAUGUGGGUGGGAUGUGGGUGGGACGUACGUACGGAGGGGUGUUGGUGACGGAGGGGCACAUGCGCCUGGACCAGCUCAUCGCCUUCCAGCUCUGCUGGAACCUCAUCCAGUACGGAGGGGUGUUGGUGAUGGAGGGGCACAUGCGCCUGGACCAGCUCAUCGCCUUCCAGCUCUACUGGAACCUCAUCCAGUCGGGGUACGGAGGGGUGUUGGUGAUGGAGGGGCACAUGCGCCUGGGCCAGCUCAUCGCCUUUCAGCUCUAUUGGAACCUCAUCCAGUCGGGGUAUCAGAGCAUCAUGUCUGUACUCAUGUCCCUCACCAAGGCCUCUGGCGCCGCUCAGCGAGUGCUCUCCCUCAUCGACUCGCUGCCAGAUAUUGACCCUGAUGCGGGCACCAAGGUGUCAACACUGCAGGGAUCCAUCCGCAUGGAGGAUGUUCACUUCCACUACCAGAUGCGCCCAGACCACCCCGUGCUCAAAGGAGUGUCUUUCCACGUGGAUCCAGGGCAAGUGCUCGCCAUGGUGGGUCACAGUGGAGUAUCCCUCCACGUGGAUCCAGGCCAAGUGCUCGCCCUGGUGGGUCGCAGCGGGGGAGGCAAGUCAACCGUGGUGCAUCUGCUCAUGCGCUUCUACGAUCCUGUCCAAGGCCGCAUCGUGAUGGACGGCCGAGAUCUGCGCGAGCUGAAUCUACGGUCGGUGCACGCGCACAUGGGGCUGGUGGCGCAGGACACGCAGAUGUGGGCAUGCAGCAUCGAGGAGAAUAUCGCGUAUGGCUUGCCUUCCUACACUCGAGCCGAAGUGGAGGAGGCUGCCAAGCACGCCAACGCACACGAUUUCAUCACCAAGUUCCCCGAGGGUUACGCUACACGCGUGGGAGAGAGGGGAGUGCGACUCUCAGGCGGUCAGAGGCAGCGCAUAGCCAUUGCCCGGAUGCUGCUGCGCCGCCCGCGCGUGCUCCUAUUGGACGAAGCCACGUCAGCGUUGGACGCGGAGAGUGAGGCGCUGGUGCAGGGCGCGCUGGACCGGCUGAUCGCGGAGGGCGGGCGCACCAUCGUGCUCGUGGCUCACCGGCUGUCCACCGUGCGCAAUGCUGACAGCAUCUGCGUGCUGGAAGGGGGGCGGGUCGCUGAGCAUGGCACGCAUGAGCAGCUGCUGGAAAUUCGUGAGUGUCGAUGGGUGGUAGAGGGAAGGGACGAGUUGUUGUUUCUUGUCGAGUGUGUGUACAGCAAGUGA